UUGUCUGGUGUGAAAGUCCCCUGCUUCUUUUAUUUGGAUAGUUUGAUUAAGAAUUCUUGUUCACUUAAAUAAUUAAUUAUGGGUUAUAUGUAAAAAUACGUGAAUUGCAAACGUCAUCACAUCGCCAUGGUGAUACGCAUGUGCCUCGCUAAAAAUGUGGCACAUCUGGCAGGAGAACUGGUGAAAGUCCUGGCUAGGCGCCAACCGGAACUUCAGGUUGAUGAUCGGGAUAUCCUGUGUGUUCAGAUCGCUGGACUCUGCCAUGAUCUAGGUCACGGUCCUUUUUCGCACUCGUUUGAUCAGAAGUUUAUCCCCCAGACACAAGGAUCCCUGGAAUGGCAGCAUGAGGAUGCUUCGAUAACGAUGUUCGAAUACUUGAUUUCCUCCGAUACUUUAAAAGAUUGGCUGGAAAUAUAUGACCUGGGGUCACAAGAUGUGACAUUUAUAAAGGAACUGAUCAAAGGUGCAGAAGAAAAGAAAAAGUCUCCCCAGUGGCUGUACGAAGGUCGUCCUAAGGAGAAAAGCUUUCUGUAUGAAAUCGUUGCCAAUAAGCGAACUGGGAUUGAUGUCGAUAAGUGGGAUUAUUUGGCCAGGGACAAUUACCAUCUUGGAAUCCAGAACAACUUUGAUUAUCAACGCAUCCUGAAGUAUGUUCGAGUCUGUGAAGUCAACAAUAUGAAGAUCAUAUGCGUUCGAGAUAAGGUAGUUGGCAACUUAUAUAACAUGUAUAACACACGUUAUAAUUUACAUCGCACGGCCUGUCAGCACAAAGUGGCCAACAUCAUUGAGAGCAUGAUCACGGAAGCAAUGGUGUUGGCAGAUCCACACAUCCUGAUCAGCGGCUCGGGUGGGGAGCAGUAUAGAAUGUCAACAGCCAUUGGUGACAUGGAGGCUUACACCAAACUCACAGACAGUAUCUUUGAACAGAUUCUGAAUUCCUCUCAAACUGAGCUGGAAGAGGCACGGACAAUCCUGAACAACAUCAUAAACCGCAACCUGUACAGAUGUAUUGGGCAGACACAGGCUGAACAAGAGAAAACUAUUGAACAGGAGGAGAUUGCUGAGCUGAAGACUAAAUUGGUUGAAGCUGUUCUCUCAGAACAAGUGGGUGUUGAAGUCGAGGCAAAAGAUUUCAUUGUAAAUGUUAUUUCAAUGAACUACGGGAUGCAAGAGAAAAACCCCAUUAAUAAUGUUCGAUUCUACCGCAAGAAUAACCCUGACAAGGCCUUCAAAAUCAGCAGAGAGCAGGUAUCUCAGAAUCUACCAGAGAGGUUUUCAGAGCAGCUGAUCCAAGUGUUCUGCAAGAAGACCGGCAAGAAGUGUGUGGACGCUGCAGAGAAAUGCUUUGCCGAGUGGUGUAAGACCAAGGAAUUACCCAUGCCAUGGGAUAGUGAUGAUACUGACUCUGCAGCGGUGUCAGGAUAAGCCCAGGAGUGACGUUCAAUCACAUCGUCAGGCGUGGAGCGAUAAAGCUGUUUAAGUAGAAAGAGAAUGUUGUAGCUUUUCAAGUAGGAAGGGUGGGGAAUUUCCUGUGCAUCAUGCAAUUGUUUUAUUUCUCGUCCUUGUUGGUUUAAUCUCCUAGUUUCCUUGGUUCUUUUCUGAUUCCCAGUUUACAGAGUGUUUGCUUCAAUGGUGAAAAGAAAACUUCAUGCAAAGAAAUUGAAAUCUAAAUGACUUAGGAGCAAGUUAGUUGAGAAGAAUUGAUUUCUUUUUCAACACAAUAUCUUCUUAAUUGAUUGCUCCCUGUUCCAUUUGGUACCUAACCUCAAUCUGUAAACCUUGUAGUUUGUGUCACCAUGCAGAACAUUGCAGAAUGUGGAAUACAUUAUUCACAAUAAACAUAUCUUUAGUUCACCCCCCCCCCACCAAAUUUCUGCAGGGAUAGCUCCCACCCUCUGUGAUUCCCUUGUCCAUUCUCCCUUCCCACUAAUUUCCCUCCAGGCACCUAACCCUGCAAGCGUCCGAAAGGCUGGACCUGCCCAAACACCUCCUCCUCAAUUCAGGGCCUUAAACGGUCCUUCCAGGUGAGGCAACACCUCACUUGUGAAUCAGAUGGGUUGUCUAUUGUAUCCGGUGCUCCCGAUGAGGCCUCCUCUACUUUUAAGACCCAUCAUAAAUUGGGGGGCUGCUCCCUCAAACACUUCCGCAUCGUCCACCACAGGCAGGACUUCCUGGUGCCAAAACUUCCUAAUUCUGAUUCCCAGUCUUGUUCCAACACCUAAAAUGCCUCCCACUUUGUUGUGCUAAGCUGAGGUCACCGUCAGGGUGGAGGAGAUACACCUUAUAUUCCUACUGGGAAUUGAGGCGACAUUUUGCUAUUGCACUUUUUAAUAAUGGUCACUGGAAUCACUUGUCAUUUAACAUACUCAGGAUGUUUUUAACUUGUCAAAAGGCAGCUGGAUUUGCACUAUAGAAAUCAGAGCACUAAACACAUUUUAUGCAAAUACCUUGCCCAUAUAUGUGGGGUUAAAAGUUAUGAUUUGUGGCUUUUAUAUACUUUAAACCUGUUAAAAUUCAAGCCAAGCUUAGUUUCUGCUGCCACUUCGUUGGCCACUUACUGUUCAAUCAUUACAGGGUGAGAAUGGACCAGUGUUUCCAGGUUUCAUUGUAGAACAGUAUGGAUUUCUGACCAAUAAUGGAGAGUUUUCAUGUUUAAAUUAGGCUUAUUGUUUGAGAGUUCUCAAUUAAUAUAAUCACAUAAUGAUGAGAUAUCAUUUGUAGACUCAAAUAGGAACACUGUAGAUAAGUAUUCAGAUCGUCCCAUGUACUACCCUUCAUUGUCAAACCCUACAUAACCUGCUUCAUUCCCAGCUCUGAAAUACAAGCUCAUCCGAUUCUUCACUCCUCAUGACGUGGGGAAUUUUGUUCAGAUAUCACAAACAUCUCAUCCUUGCGGAAAUGGAAACUAGUCAACAUUGGAAGCCAAAUUCUCAAAGACUGCACAGUUAUUACUCAAUCUGAGGUGCUUAGUGUCCAAGGGGAUAAGUGUGAAGAUUAUAGGUAAGGUCAGUCCUUUGUCCUGAAUCGUGUUUUCAUGUAGUGUAAACUGGUGCAUACAGACACUGGUUCCUUAUUGCAAGUAACUUUAGCCAUCUGCGCCCACCAUCUUCUCACAAGCUUAUUUUAGUGUAAAUAUAGCAUUGUAUGAAAGUGAUAAUGAGAAAUAUACAAGUAGUACAUUUGACAAAAGGAUUUAGUAAAUCACAUUCAAAAGAAGGAAGACAGUUUGAGCUUUUGUGAAAUUCAUGGAGUUGGGGAAAUGGAAGGACAGAACUACUUCUGUGAUUGACUUGCAACUAGAAAGUCUGGUGUCCCCACUGAUAAUUCCUGAUGGGUGUGAACGAUGGACAACUGCUCCCCACUCCAUCCUUUCCCAGAUUAGCAUGGAAGUUCAUUUAGUUGCUUUAGCAAAGCAUGUGGGAGAAAGGAGAAUGUGCUGAUUGGCCAACACAAGAAUGUUGUGGGUGGUCUGAAUGAUAAGAGGUCAGGUUUGUAGACAAUGCAAAUACACUGUGGUGUUCAAUCGAUUACUGAGGAGCUGGUAAUGUCUCUGAUUAUGCUGUCCAUGGUCCUGUUGACAUUUAGUGGGGAGCUGAGGUUCUUUGUCUCCCCGACUCCAAAUAAUCUCAGGCGAAUUUAACUCUACCUUAUAAAUGUGAGUUGUUUACUGGAGCUCAGGUGUUCCCCAGGUGAAGUCGGCCUAUACCCAAGAGGGGUAGAGAAAGAGAGAGAGAGAGAGAGAGAGAGAGAGAGAGAGAGAGAGAGAGAGAGAGAGAGAUGCAAGAAUGGAUUCUGCCAAUCUGCUUGCACAAUUUAUUGCGAGAGGUGGGAGGGUAUUAUCUCUGGUGAGGUACAGGCUGCAACACUGUGCAAUAAAUUGCCUUAUUGAGGUAUUUCAGAGGUAAAAUAGAUGUAGAAGUUUUCUGUGAUUGGACAACUGAAUGUCAUUUCACUCCUUUUUCUUUUAUUUUUCUUCAUUUAAUUGGAUAAUGAAAAUCCAGUUGUAUUUGGUGGUAAAUAUGUACUUUGAUAAUAAAGUUAUUUUGACAUUCAGUUUACUUCGGAUACUGGGAAAUAUUUUUGUGACAUUUGAUAUUAGAUCACAUAACUCCAUCAGCCCUGUUUAAAAGGUCUCUCCUGGAGUGAGUUUGCAUAAUCAUUUAGACAUUAAUUGUGUUUUCUUUGUCAUAGUGGAAUAUUUAAUGUUUUGUCUGUUUCUUGAAUUAUAUGGUGAUACAGUUAAUGACAAUGGAAUAUCAAUAAAGUUGGGCUUGUCUGAUCAAUAUCUUAUUGUGUAUCAUUUUGUUGGUAAGUUCUUGUAUUGUAGCAGUGACGACAGUUAAAGUCAAUUUAACAAUCAAUCAGAUCCAGUCAUUACCUACAAAUGGGACUUUUUCACAACCUGAGAUCUCCUGGAUCUCUGGAUCUCUUUUG